AGUAGAUUUUCCCCUGUCUGGCUUAGAAAGUUUUGGAUCUAGGACUUAUGCAACCUACCCUGCCUGAUCCUUGCUGGUUCAUAUGUUGGACGUUGAUAUAUUUUACAGUGUAGUUCUUACAUGUUUGUGUGUGUUUAUUAUUGUUCCUUCUUAUUCUUUAGCCCGUCCUUUUCUUCUAUUUAGAUUGUGAUGGAAAGCUAUUACUUUUACAUCCCUUUUACGUAGAAUCCUUGGGACUUGAAAUUGACAGACAUCAUAUGCAAACCAAACUGAAAGAGACCGUUGUUUUUUUUCACCCUGAAGAAUAGCUUGGUUGUUAAUCUUGGGUGCUGCUUGCUCUCAGAUUGCUUUCCUCAAGUCAAGAAGAGGAUUUAUCAAGAUAGCCAUGGAGAACGGUGCACCCUUGGUUCCAGUUUUCUGCUUUGGUCAAUCAAAAGUGUAUAAAUGGUGGAAACCCAGCGGAAAGUUAUUCUUGAAAAUUUCUAGAGCAAUUAAAUUCACUCCAGUUGUCUUCGGGGGGAUUUUUGGGACUCCCUUGCCCUUCCAACGCCCGAUGCAUAUCGUGGUUGGUAGACCUAUUGAGCUUAAGCAAAAUCUUCAGCCCACUGUGGAAGAGCUCGCUGAAGUGCACGGUCAGUUUGUCGCCGCACUGGAAGAUCUUUUUAAAAGGCACAGAGCACGGGUUGGGUUUGCUGAUCUUGAAUUGAAAAUUCUAUAAUUUGACUGCACAACUUAGACUUGUUUCUGAAUGUUUCUUUUUUACAUUUAUUAAUCUUUUUCUAUGUUUUCUUGGUUA